AAUUGUCCAAAUCUUGCAAAACCAGUUUAUCCUCCAAGUUGAGUCAUAAAACGAAGUCUUAGUCGUCCCUCAGACCAAAGACCACAAGAAAUAGAAUAUAGUGACUUGUUAUCACCCCCACCCUUUACAGUUAAAUCUUUUUUCCUAUUUUUGUACAAAGAUACAGCCAAGAUAUGAAGAAGAGUUAGCCAUGGAAACAUUCCCCUUUCUUCUCCUCCUCUUCUUCUCCUUAAUUUUUCUUCACAAGGUUAAUGGUCAAGGGGAUACCAUAACUACAACUCAGUUCAUUAAAGAUGGUGAAACUAUUGUUUCCUCUGAUGAAACAUUCGAGAUGGGAUUCUUCAGUCCUCUUGACACUUCCGCAAAUCGCUAUGUUGGAAUAUGGUACAAGAAAAUCUCUCUUAUUACUCCAGUUUGGGUUGCUAAUAGAGUAGCUCCUGUCACCAACAAAUCUGGGGUCUUGAAAGUCAUUCAGUCAGGUCUUGUUGUUCUUGUCAAUGAUACUAAUGCCACUGUUUGGUCAACCAAUUCAUCAACAACUGUGCAAAAUCCUGUUGCUCAGUUGCUGGACACAGGAAAUUUUGUGGUGAGAGAUGCAGAUGAUCCAAAUCCUGAAAAUUUCCUUUGGCAAAGCUUUGAUUAUCCUACUGAUACGUUGAUAGCAAGUAUGAAACUUGGAAAAGACUUGGUGACUGGAUUUGAAAGGUAUCUUACCUCGUGGCGAAGUAAUGAUGAUCCUGCUCCUGGGGAAUAUACUUAUCACUGUGAUCCUACUGGUUAUCCGCAAGACCUUAUGAGAAAAGGGCCUAAUGUUAUUUAUAGAGCAGGGCCAUGGAAUGGUCUUCGGUGGAGUGGUGCACCUAAUAUGGUGAACAAUUCAAUCACCUCUUUUGGCUUGAUCAUGAACAGUAAGGAAAUUUAUUACAAGUAUGAACUUGUGAAUAAAUCUGUUAUUAACACUUUAGUGAUAAAGCCUAAUGGGAAUACUAUGCGUAUGAUUUGGAUUGAAAAGACUCAGGGUUGGGUUAAUUACCAUUCGACAGAUGCAGAUGAUUGUGAUGCGUAUAAACUAUGUGGUGCAUAUGGCACUUGCAACGUUUUGAGUGAUCCUGUGUGUCAAUGUUUAGACAAAUUCGAGCCAAAACAUCCAUAUGAUUGGAAUAGGGCCGAUUGGUCGAGUGGCUGUGUCCGAAAACGGUCAAUAAAUUGCACGGGAGAUGGGUUUCUAAUGUAUUCUGGUAUUAAACUGCCUGAUACACGAAAUUCUUGGUUCAGUGAGACAAUGACACUAGAUGAAUGCAGGGCAGUUUGCUUGAGAAAUUGUUCGUGUAUGGGUUAUACUAAUCUGGACAUACGCAAUGGAGGAAGCGGGUGCUUGUUAUGGAUUGAUGAGCUGGUUGACAUCAGACAGCUAUCACAAUCAGGACAGGAUAUCUACAUUAGAAUGUCUGCUUCAGACAUAGGUUCAGCUGGAUCAAAGGGUAAGAAAGCUGUCAUACUUGCAGUAGCUUUACCACUAUUGGUUGCGUUGAUUCUGCUAGGUUUAGGUGUAGGCCUGAUUCUUUAUAAACGUAAAAGGAGAGAGGAUCCAGUGCUCACAACAAAGAGGAGAUUAGGUGGUCACAGCAACAAGAAUGAUGACAGUAAUCAAAAUCACCAUGAAGAUUUUGAGCUACCACUUUUUGACUUAUUUACAUUAACCAAGGCUACUAACAACUUUUCAUUUGAGAACAAGAUUGGAGAGGGUGGCUUUGGACAAGUUCACAAGGGUGUAUUGGAAGGUGGACAAGAAGUAGCAGUGAAGCGGCUUUCAGAAACUUCAAAGCAAGGACUCCACGAGUUCAAGAAUGAAGUUAACUGCAUUGCAAAACUUCAGCAUCGAAAUCUUGUAAAGCUUCUGGGAUGCUGCAUUCAAGCAGAAGAGAAGAUGUUGGUGUACGAAUACUUGCCAAACAAGAGCCUGGAUUUGUAUAUAUUUGAUGAAGAAAGGAGCGCACUACUUGAUUGGCCUAAACGCUUCAACAUUAUCAAUGGAAUUGCUAGAGGACUGAUGUAUCUUCAUCAAGAUUCUAGGCUUAGAAUCAUCCACAGAGACUUGAAAGCUAGCAAUGUUUUGCUUGAUAUAGAAAUGAUCCCAAAGAUUUCAGAUUUUGGGAUGGCUAGAAGUUUCGGAGGAGACGAGACAGGAGCCAAUACACGCCGUGUUGUUGGAACAUAUGGCUACAUGUCCCCAGAAUAUGCAGUCGAUGGGAUAUUCUCAGUAAAAUCAGAUGUCUUUAGUUUUGGAGUAUUAGUACUAGAGAUUGUGAGUGGAAAGAAGAACAGACGAUUUGUUCAUCCAGACCACCACCUCAACCUUCUUGGACAUACAUGGAUGCUUCAUAAAGAAGGAAGACAAUUGGAACUAGUAGAUCCAAAUCUGGUGGACUCAUGUUAUGUAUCAGAAGUGCUUAGAUCAAUCCAUGUGGGAUUGUUAUGUGUUCAACAGAAUCCAGAGGACAGGCCAAAUAUGUCUACUGUGAUUAUGAUGCUGAGCAAUGAAGGCAUUUUGCCACCACCUAAACAUCCUGGCUUUUUCACUGAAAGGAAUGUUAAAGAUGCUGAAUUUUCUUGGAGUACACAAACACCUAGUUCUAUAAAUGAAGUUACCAUCACAUUGUUGAAUGCUCGAUAAAAGACACAUGUCCAUAGUGGGUUACAUAUUCCAUCAUUUUUCAGAAUUGUAUUAAAAUCUUCUCCUUUUUUUCUUUAAUACUAAUUAGAAAAUUUUGUAUUCUUUUAUGAUAUACAAGUCUACAUUUUACGUUA